AAACACCACAGUCACAGGUGAAGAACGCCUCUCACACUCGUCAUCUCUCUCCCUCUCUCGUCAGUUCUGAGCAAACCCUAAACCUAGAAAACAACACUACAUCCAUGGCGAUACGGCACCUCCUAACCCUAGCUCGCCGGUCCCAAAAACCCACCCGGUCUUCUCCACUUCAAAUCUUCAGAUGCCUCUCCACCUCCUCCGCCGCCGCCGUCGCCACCCCUUCUUCAUCCCCUUCUUUGCCUUCACCACCAUCCCCAAACUUCAUGAUCUACGACCGCCUCGCUGAAUCCGUCAAAUCCAAACUUAGAACGUUCGAAAAUCCCGACCCACGUUUCUUAAUCCACAACUCACCUCACCCAAUCAUAACCGACCACACUCCCAUCCUCUCUUCCCCACUCACCCGGGUCACCACUCUCCCCUCCGGCCUCCGCGUCGCCACCGAGUCGAACCUCGCCGCCAAGACAGCCACCGUCGGCGUCUGGAUCGACGCCGGAUCAAGGUUCGAGACAGAAGGGACUAGUGGCACCGCCCAUUUUCUUGAACAUAUGAUUUUCAAGGGCACAGAGAAGAGGUCGGCGAGGGAACUAGAAGAAGGGAUUGAGAAUAUGGGGGGACAUCUGAAUGCGUACACUUCGAGGGAGCAGACCACGUAUUAUGCGAAAGUGAUGGAUAAGGAUGUGAACCAGGCCUUGGACAUUUUGGCUGAUAUUUUGCAGAAUUCGAAGUUCGACGAAAGACGGAUUACCCGGGAACGCGAUGUGAUUCUCAGAGAGAUGGAGGAGGUGGAAGGGCAGAUGGACGAGGUUAUUUUUGACCAUCUCCAUGCAACUGCAUUCCAACAUACUCCUCUGGGUAGGACAAUUCUUGGUCCUGCUGACAAUAUCAAGACAAUAUCCAAAACAGAUAUUCAGGAGUAUGUAUCAACACACUACACUGCUCCCAGAAUGGUGAUUGCUGCUUCUGGAGCUGUUAAACACGAAGAUAUUGUUGGGCAAGUAAAAAAGUUGUUCACUAAGUUGUCGACCAAUCCAACCACAGCUUCUCAGUUAGUUGCUAAAGAACCUGCUACCUUUACAGGUUCUGAGGUUAGGAUAAUUGAUGAUGAUUUACCUCUUGCUCAUUUUGUGGUUGCUUUUAAUGGGGCAUCUUGGACGGAUCCAGAUUCCAUUGCUUUGAUGGUUAUGCAGUCAAUGUUGGGUUCUUGGAGUAAGAAUGCAGGUGGUGGAAAGCAUAUGGGUUCUGAGCUUGCACAGAGGGUUGGCAUAAAUGAAAUAGCUGAGAGCAUGAUGGCUUUUAACACUAACUAUAAGGACACAGGACUUUUUGGUGUUUAUGCUAUUGCUAAGCCGGACUGCUUGGAUGACUUGGCAUAUGCAAUUAUGUACGAGAUAAGCAAGUUAUGUUAUCGAGUCUCAGAGGCGGAUGUGACCCGUGCACGUAACCAGUUGAAAUCUUCUUUGCUGCUUCACAUGGAUGGAACUAGUCCUGUUGCUGAAGACAUUGGACGUCAGCUACUUACAUAUGGACGAAGAGUCCCAUUGCCUGAAUUGUUUGCCAGGAUUGAUGCCGUAGAUCCGAGCACUGUCAAACGCGUGGCAAACCGUUUUAUAUUUGACAGGGAUGUUGCUAUUUCUGCUUUGGGGCCCAUCCAGGGUUUGCCAGACUACAACUGGUUCAGGCGCAGGACCUACUGGCUUCGUUACUAGGAUUGUUCUCACUAACUUUCAUUUUUUUUUAUAUAUUCCUCCAUUUUGCUCAAGCAGCCACAAUUGUUCCAUUUUACACAACCAAUUUUCCUGGAUAACCUUAAGGAAUGGUGGUUUCUAAUUUAUUUUCCUGGUCCCAUCUUUUUGUUUCUGUAACAUACAAAAAUAAUUAUACUGUAUUCAGUAAUUUGGUUGCGGUUCUUAAGAUACAGGGGUCCUAUUUAUCCCUUGAAGAUUACUCCUACUAUAAAAAAUUGAUAGUUUUUGUUUUGG